GAAUUGGGGUCCCCGGAGGAGAAGCCCCAAUUCCCGGGGGCCUCUGCGGAGUUUGUGGAUCACCUGGAGUUCAUCCAGCCCAACGUCCUGGCGGGAAUUCCCGUCUACCGGGUCAUGGACCGGCAGGGACACGUCCUGCGGCCCAGCGAGGACCCCCAGCUGCCGCAGGAGCAGGUGCUGAAGCUCUACAAGACGAUGACGCUGCUGAACACGAUGGAUCGGAUCCUCUACGAGUCCCAGCGCCAGGGCCGCAUCUCGUUCUACAUGACCAACUACGGCGAGGAGGGCACCCACGUGGGCAGCGCCGCCGCCCUCGAGCCCUCCGACCUCGUCUUCGGCCAGUACCGGGAGGCAGGUGUGCUGCUGUACCGGGGGUACCCCCUGGAGCUGUUCAUGGCUCAGUGCUACGGGAACGCCAACGACCCCGGGAAGGGGCGGCAGAUGCCGGUGCACUACGGCUGCAGGGAGAGGCACUUUGUCACCAUCUCCUCCCCCCUGGCCACACAGAUCCCACAAGCGGUGGGAGCCGCCUACGCCAUCAAGCGAGCGGACGCGAGCCGGGCCGUGGUUUGUUAUUUCGGGGAGGGGGCGGCGAGCGAGGGGGACGCGCACGCCGGGUUCAACUUCGCCGCCACCCUCGAGUGCCCCAUCGUGUUCUUCUGCCGCAACAACGGCUACGCCAUCUCCACACCCACCGCCGAGCAGUACCGAGGGGAUGGGAUAGCUGCCAGGGGCCCCGGCUACGGGCUGCUCUCCAUCCGGGUGGACGGGAACGACGUGUUCGCCGUGUUCAACGCCACGCGCGAGGCUCGGCGCCGGGCGGUGGCCGAGAACCAGCCCUUCCUCAUCGAGGCCAUGACCUACAGGAUUGGGCACCACAGCACGAGCGACGACAGCUCUGCCUAUCGCUCCGUGGACGAGGUGAAUUAUUGGGAUAAACAGGAUCAUCCCAUCUCCCGCCUCCGGCACUACAUGACCCACAGGGGCUGGUGGGACGAGCAGCAGGAGAAGGGAUGGA